GGAUGCGGCCGCGGCUGUUCCGGAGUGCGUCCGCGGCCCGGGUCCGCGCAACCGUCCCUCUCCUCUGCCCUCUCCAUCCCUCGGAGAGGAGUUACUGCCACCGCCGCCGCUGAAGCCUGGGCUGACGGAUGCCAGGGAGUGCCGCAUUGCCUAGCGCCCCCGCCUCCGGGUUUGCUGAUGCGUCUCCCCGCCCUGGAACUCAGCGCUGAAGAAGCACCUCAUUAUUAAUCAGAAUCCCCCUCGCCAGCCCUGGCAGGCGCACCCUUCAGAGGGAACCGCAGAAGCAUCGAGGAGCCAGGGUUGACACGUGCGUGGGGGUUGUUUUUGUUCCAUUUUGCAAGAGAAGAGAGGAAGAUAGUGGGGAGAGCAGAACCAGUGCAAGGUGGCAUUAGGGGUGUUUCGUUAGGACAGAGGAAGGACAAGAAAGGCCAACAGGCUCCGCAAAGGUUCACAUCUCCUGAAAGCAAAAGCAAGAGGAAACCCAAGUGAGCGCUGUGUUGAAGGGGGUGGGGGACAGAUUAUUACCACUCCCCACCCACCCCAGUACAGAAGUGGCAAAGCAGGAGCAACAGGGUAAUUGCACACCAAGAAAAACCAUAUCCUGCAAAGCAGAGGAAGCAGGGAGGCCCAGGGGCCAGGGUGUGGUGGUGGUGGUGGUGGUGACAAGGGCCAAGGAGGAUAGUGGUGAGACAGUCAACCACAGCUUUAGCUUCCCAAAGGACAGGCUCAGCAUCACGCUGAACAAUGACUCAUUUACAAGCUGGCCUCUCUCCUGAGACCCUGGAGAAAGCUCGAUUGGAGCUCAAUGAGAACCCAGACACCCUGCACCAGGAUAUCCAGGAGGUGAGGGACAUGGUUAUCACCCGGCCAGACAUUGGCUUUCUGCGCACCGAUGACGCCUUCAUCUUACGAUUCUUGCGCGCCAGGAAGUUUCAUCACUUCGAGGCCUUCCGCCUUCUGGCCCAGUACUUUGAGUACCGACAACAGAACCUGGACAUGUUCAAAAGCUUCAAGGCCACUGACCCAGGCAUCAAGCAGGCGCUGAAGGAUGGCUUCCCCGGGGGCCUGGCCAAUCUGGACCACUACGGAAGGAAGAUUCUAGUCCUUUUUGCUGCUAACUGGGAUCAGAGCAGGUACACACUGGUGGAUAUUUUGCGUGCCAUCUUACUCUCUCUAGAAGCCAUGAUUGAAGAUCCUGAGCUUCAAGUCAAUGGAUUUGUUUUAAUUAUAGACUGGAGUAACUUCACCUUCAAGCAAGCCUCUAAACUGACACCAAGCAUGCUGAGAUUAGCUAUUGAAGGCCUUCAGGACAGCUUUCCAGCUCGAUUUGGAGGAAUCCAUUUUGUCAAUCAACCAUGGUAUAUUCAUGCUCUGUACACUGUGAUCCGGCCUUUUCUAAAGGAGAAGACGCGGAAGAGGAUAUUUUUGCAUGGAAACAACCUGAACAGUCUUCACCAACUGAUUCAUCCUGAGAUCCUUCCCUCUGAGUUUGGAGGAAUGCUGCCCCCGUAUGAUAUGGGAACGUGGGCAAGAACACUGCUAGACCAUGAGUAUGAUGAUGACAGUGAAUAUAAUGUGGACUCCUACAGUGUGCCAGUCAAGGAAGUGGAAAAGGAACUCUCCCCCAAGGCCAUGAAAAGAUCUCAGUCGGUAGUGGAUCCAACAGUACUAAAACACAUGGAUAAAAAUGAGGAAGAAAACAUGCAGCCUUUGCUCUCUCUAGACUGACAGCUGCUGGACAUUGCUCCUGUGGAUUACAAGUGGAAGGUACUGGUUUUCAGCAAUAGGGACGGCACUCUGGAGGAAUUGUCAGCUGGGGGCUCCUUUAUUGAAGUUAAUGUAGCAUAAUACAUGAUAAAGAACCAGGCCUCUCCAUUUCCCUGAACCAUGGGUGUCCCAGGCUAGGAAAAAAAAAAGUCAAUAACUUAUUCUGUAAGUGCCAAGUUCUUUGUAAAUAUUAUGUAUUCUUUAUGUCAAGUUUGUAAAUUUUGGUAAUAAUUUAAUUGAAAAUUAAUGACUCCUAAAUCAGUGCCAGUGAUACAAGCUGAAACAAUUAAC